AUGCAUGUCUCUCGCCGCAUCCUUUUUGGGCGACUUGUGGCAUUGCAGGACAUCGACCACCUGGCGGCCGCUGAACUGGGCAAAGCUGCGAAGCUGUCCUUGGCCGAGGGCGACCACAGCGAGGAGCGUUGGAGGCUCUAUACCUCCAGAGCUUCGCAGUUGGUGGGGGACUUGAACUUCCAGGAGGCGAGUCGCAUUGCUUCAGCCUUUUCCGCUGCCAGAUAUGUGGAAUUUCCUUUGUUUGCUAAGCUUUCGGCACGUGCGCUGGAGUGCUUGCCCAAACCGAUCGACGACGACGAUGACAAGAAGGAGCAGGCAGCGGUUUCUGCAGGUGACCUGCGGCAGAUGGCCUUGGCCUGUGGCAGGGCACAGUGCUUCGACGGUGAUUUGAUGGAGGCCAUGGUGCCACUGAUUGAGGAGCGACUGCAAGAUUUCCGCCCCAAAGAGUUGGUUCAAAUUGCGGAUGCCUACGCGCGCUUGCCGGUUCAGAGCCCCGAACUGUUUGCGCUGGUGGCAGAGGUCCUGCCCCGCUAUUUGUACGAUCUGCGACCGCCGGAACUAGCGACGCUGUGUCGUUCCUUUGCGGAGGUGGCGUUGUACAACGAGGAGCUUUCAGAUGCCUUAGCUGCAGAGGUGGAAAAACGCGCUCGCAGUUUUGGUGCCAUGGAAUGCUUGAUCUUCUUGGAUGGCCUUUCAAGACUUCAUGAAGGCAUGGACGAGGACUUGCGCGUCAUCCGCAAAGAACGGGACGCUGCAGUCAUCGCCGCAGUGGCAGAUCAACUGAGCGGCUCCGCCAGCUCGUUGGCCGCGGCCGAAUUGGUACGCGGCUUUUCCGCCUUGGUGCGGCUGGACUACUACGAGCCUCGUCUGGUGCAUGGCCGAAUCUGCACGGCCCUGGCACUGAAGUUUGACGAAUUGCUGCAGGGUGGCCGCGGUGUGGGUCCACCUGCCUUUGCGCGACCACAGCAGGCUUCACGAGGCUUCACCGCUCUGGCAGAUCUCCUGCACUGUCUCAGCCUUUUGCCUGCGCAGUCCCACAAAUCCAUGGAGCUGACAGCCAGCACCAGCCAGGCCAUGACACAGUUGUUGGCACAACUCCUGGCCGGCCACGAAGAAGAUUUGGAGCGACGAGGUGCCACACCGCGGGAUGCGACUGCAUCGGUUGGUCGACUCCCAGACCCCCGCAGUGUGGCCGUGGCGGUGUUGGCUGUGGCACAGCUGGGGCGGGUGGAGCAGGAGGAGGAACUCAUGAAGCACUUGACGCAGUGCGUCAUAGGACCGAAGAAUCCUGCCUUCCUGGCAUUAGCUUCCGAAGAGGAGCUCAAAGAUUUGCAAGGCGCUUUUGAACUUUGCAAUGCCAUGGAGGUACAUGAGGUGAUCGCUGCAGAGCUCGAACGACGUGAGCCGAGCAGACCGGUG